AAUGAAUUGACAGCAAUGAGGUCACGUGAUAACGCUUGCAAUUGCUGAGUCGGUGUUUCCUCGUGGUCAGGAGUCGGUUUCUACCUCGAUCAUUUCAGUCUUUUUAGCUGUAAUUUUACCUCAAAAUGGCAGAGGCAAAACCUUCCCUCCAUCGUGAUGGUACGAUGCAGGUGACUGCAAAGGAAGGAAUUGGUUACCUUGAAUCCGAGGGUAAAACAAAGUUACUGGAAAUGCAGGGAUUGAAGGACCCGGAGCCUGUACCAAACUCCCUGAAAAGAGACGGCACAAUGGCAGUCACUGCCAAGGAGGCUGAACAGUUGUUGGGUAAGGACAAACCAGAUGAAGACGCCAAGACUAGGGGACAACAACAGAAAAUAGAAGAUAUUAAGGAGGAGAAACCCGCUAGGAAAGGUCGACUGGCUAAAGGAGUCACCAUGAUUGGGACAGCAAAGGAAGCAGAACAGUUACUGGGGGCUGACAAACCUGAUGCAGAUGCCAUGACUAGGGGACAACAGAAGAAAAUCGAGGAAAUCUCAAAAGAGGCUCCGUCCACACCAAAGAAAGUUAGAAUUCAGAAACAAGGCACAAUGGCUGCAACUGCAAAGGAAGCCAAGGAACGAGUUCUAGGGAAAGAAAAACUAGGUGAUACAAGAGCAGAAACGAAACUCAGCAAAAAAUCCAAACCCGGUGCCCUCAAACGAUUUAGUACAAUUAACAAGGCUAUCGAAGAAGCCAAGUAUGUUGUUCCGGAGAUCAAUGUAAAUGAGGGGAGAAAAUUGCGCUCUGCCAACAAGAAACCUGCCAUGAAGAGGGCAGGAACGAUGCAGACCACAGCUGCUGCAGGGAAAGAAUACCUAAAACGAUCAAAGAAAGCUAAAACAUCGGGAGAUUCCAGCGAGGAGGACUAACCAAUCAGAAUACUGCUUCACUUCUAACAAAGGACCGGUCAUGAUGUCAUUGUAUAUAGGCCUCAUGGUGGAGAUUUCUAUUGUUGUUGGCAGACUGUUAAAAUUAUGGCAGCAUCUCUCUCCCUUUCACAGUUUGAUAGCGAUACAACCUCUCCACUUCUCUUCUGUUAGUGAUUGUGUGUUCAUUUUUUUUCAUUGUUUUGAAUAUAAAAGUUUAGUAAUCAAAAACGUUUUUGAUGAAGAUAGAUUUUGUAAAAAUUUUGUAAGUUUAGAUAUAUAUUUUUUAAAUUUGGUUUUUAUGCAGUCUAUACUUAAAGUGACAGUACAGACAUCUUUUAGAUAUUUAUCAACUAUCAGUUUCACAAGCUAAUACUGCCAUUGAAUAUUUGAAGCUGUGUGAGAAUAUUUCAUAUCACAAUCAGACAUGGUUGAAUGACAAUAAAAGGACAGUGUGUUUCCUCAUUAACAGAAUGUUACAAAAAUUUAUUCAUUCACUCUAUUGAACUUAAUUUAUAUAAUUUCUUCACGGAACAGAAAAUACUGUAAUGAAAGAGUCUAUCAAUUUGUGUGUGUUUGUAGUGAUAUUAGUUCCAUUAUGAAGACUACACUAUGUAUUGUUCUGUGUGUGUUGUACACGAUAAAGUUUAUGUAUAUUGCUUUUCUAACUCCAUGGUAGCAUAGUCCAGAUAUUUUUUGAUUAGAAAUAUAUUUAUGUUGAAUGUUUAUUUAGGAUGUUCUCGGUUUAGUUUUAAUGCGUGUUGUACUACAUGAUGGAAUGUAAAAGUAGAUGAGAAUGCGUCAAUACAAUAUGUUAAGCUGUAUAAGGAUCUGUAUUUGGCAUACACUCCAAGGCAAUAGCAAAAUAUGUCAUCAAUUACGACGUACACAAAUUUAUAUCAAAACUGCAUUUUGCAUGUGGCAAAAGUAUUUCAGGAGCAAAGAAAUUUUGUUAAAGCUAAUUCUCAUUUUAGGAAGAAUGCAUGGAUUACACAUGUAAGGAAUCGGUGUAUGUAGUCUGGGACCAAGGAAAGACUAGUGGUAGAACAAGGUGUCUAGUUAACAUGGAGAUUUGUCAUUGUCUUUUCAACUUCAAUAUUACAACUAAUGGUUGUACAAGGAUAAUUUGACCAUUAAAAGUGACCCAUCUGUGAUCAUACAUAACAGCUGAUGCCAGGAAUAUUGUGUAUACUAACAAGCACUUCUACUUUUGUUUUUAAAUUUUUUUCAUAUACCUUUUUUCCAGAAAAUUAAACUAUUUUAUAUAUAUAUAUGUAUAUGUAUUUUAAUUUAAAUAUGGCUGUGAGUCCCUAAGACCAGUGGCGGGUCCCUACAGGGACAGUUUUAACAAUCAAAGAAAGCACAUCACUUAUGUUCAAUCUUAAGAUUCUUUCUGUUUGUAGAAUGUGUCUAUUAGAAUGUGUGAUUGAUCAUGAGUCACUUUACAUUUGUCAUAUAUACUUGCAUAUUUCUUUUUCCUUUUUUUUUUAACUUGCUGUUUUAGUAACAAAUUCAUAGGUAUGUACACAAGUGAUUAAAAAGUUUCAGAUCUAAAA